GACUACGACCGUUUCCUUUUGUAUACCCAAAAACACGGCCGCGCGCCGCUUGUUUCUUGUCACUGCGUGGUAUCGUGCUAGUGUCGUCCGUGUGACUAACCUCCCAUAAUCGCCCGUCGAGGAGUUUUGUAGCUCAGGACCAACCACCCAAAAAGAGAUAGCUUCGCACCUGCAUACCUCCGUCUACCGAACUAUCCAAAUGGCGACAGCAACAGCCUCCCCGCCAUCCCCAGGCCCCGCCAAAAUAUACGCCUUAAUCGCCUACGAAGACCCCUACGUGCAGCCCCUCAUCGUCGCGGCAGUCCAGAAACAUUUCCCGCCAGAAACGAUCCAAUUGAUCACCAGCCUCGAUGAUGUACCAAGCAAGUCCUCCCGCCUCCUCCAAUGGGUCCAAUAUGAGUCCAUUAAUUUCGAGCAUCUGCUCUCCCACCCCUCCGCGCACCUCGCAAACGCGUACGUCAUUCGCAAAGCGCUGAUCCGGAAGCACUAUCUGAGUACGACGGUGGCGAAUUGGGUUGUCAAGCAUUCCGAUUCGGUCUUGUUGAAGGGGUGGAAACAGGGGGUCGAGUUUGAGGUGGAUUAUGCGGAGUUUCUGGAUGAUUCGCUCGUGGAAGCCUGGGAGUUGAGGGAGUCGUGGGCAAGGGGGGAGAAAGGAGAGGGGCGGGAGUGGUGGAUUCUGAAGCCGGGGAUGAGUGAGCGGGGGCAGGGUAUACGUCUGUUCUCCUCGGAGGAGGAACUCACCCGCAUCUUUGAGGGGUGGGAUCCGGAGUCUGACGAUGAAGAAGAGGACGAGGAGGACGAAGACGAGGAUGCGAGGAGUGACGCCGCCGACGAUGAAGAGAAAGGCGUCGAUGACGGAAAUGGCAUCAUCACCAGCCAACUUCGGCACUUCGUCGCGCAGCCGUACAUCCACCCGCCGCUGUUAUUCCAGGGCAGAAAGUUCCACAUCCGGACGUACGUCCUCGCCACGUCGGCGCUGCAAGUGUAUGUCUACAAGCCGAUGCUUGCGCUGUUCGCGGCGCGACCCUAUGUUGCUCCAUCAUCAACGGCUUUUGAGGAAGGCGACGCAGAGGAUGCUCUAAGAAGUCAUUUGACGAAUACGUGUUUGCAAGAUACGGGCGAGAGGGAAGGCAGCGUGGGGUUGUUCUGGGACCUACCCGAAUCCAUUCCUUCACAGCCAUCCUUUUCCGAAGACGAAGAUGCAAAGAAGGAAAUCGAAAUCCCACACGCUCCCACCUGGAAAUCCGACGUCUUCACCCAAAUUUGCGCCAUCACCGGCGAGGUAUUCGAAGCCGCGGCGCGCGGGAUGUCGAUCCACUUUCAGCCCCUUCCCAAUGCUUUUGAGAUUUUCGGGCUAGAUUUUAUGGUUGGAAUUGAACCAGACGGCGAGCUGCGAACAUAUUUGUUGGAGGUUAAUGCGUUUCCUGAUUUCCGGCAGACUGGGGAUGAGUGUAAGGGUGUUGUGGAGGGGUUGAUGGACUGUGUGGUGAGGACUGCGGUUGUGCCGUUUUUUGACGCUGAGAAAACGGCGGAGGUGGAGAGUGGACAGGAUGGUGGGUUGGUCAAGGUGCUGGAUAUUGAUCUGGGGAGACGGUAGCGGUGUGUGGCGUCUGUGGUGGGGCGUAGGUUGGGAUGGGUAGGUGAUGAUCAGUGCACGGAGCCAAAUAGAGUACAUAAAAAGACGCUCAGC